AUGCGUUUCCUGUCUCGUGUAUCUCUUGCACUCCUGCUAGCCACAGCAACAUUAGCACAAGACGAAGAAGAUUACGACUAUAGCGAUUACAGUGGUAAUACUGACCUAGGCGGUGGCAAUGGAAAUGGAAACAACCAAGGAGGCCAAGUGCAAGCUCCAGCAACACCCGCACCAGUGGUGGUAAAAACACCCGCACCAGUGGUGGUAAAAACACCCGCACCAGUGGUGGUAAAAACACCCGCACCAGUGGUGGUAACAACACCCGCACCCGUGGUGGUAACAACAACUGUGAAUCCAAACAACAUGAGGUGCCCACAAAAUAGCGGUGUGAAUGACCGGAUAAGAAAUGCUGCACUUGAAGGUCACAACUACAGAAGGUCGAGACUUGCCCAAGGAUUGGUCAAGAAUAAGAACGGCAAAAUCCUCCCACAGGCGACAAAUAUGCUCAAAUUGGUAAGCAAUCAAGUAUUGGUGGAGUCAGCUGAGAGUGGUCGAGGUAAUGUACCCGAUGCUAAGAUCUACACUCCGGGCAAUGCAUGCUCUCAGUGUCCCGGUGGCUAUCGCUGUGGCUCAGACAAGCUGUGCAGUCGCUCUUAG